UCUUUGCUAGCUGUCCAUACAGUAGCAGUUUGAGUCCCCAGCCUGCGAGUCUCCAGUACGUUCACUUUCUUUUCUGAAGAAAGUAAAGUCGUGUCUCUUCCAGUUGUCUGAAACGACGUUUAGAGCACACGUCUCUGCCACAAGUGAAAGGGUAUACUUUUUCUGACUUGUUGAGUCGUGAAAUCCCAAAGCUCAGGCGAUCAAUCCAAGACCAGUCUAAUGCUGAACUGACUGACUUCCUUGCAGACGUUAGAGAGAAGUCAAUAUUCAUUGGGGAAGUUGCCAUGCACCAGGUGAGAGGACAAGGUGUCUUGAAGCUUUCUGCUAGUCUUUAGUGCAGGCCAUGAGGCAGUGGAACUUGGAACUAGCUCCAGACAUCUGCUGUCUCCUGGACGAGACUCAGGCCCCUGACCCUGAGGUGUGUGCUCAGGAUCUCAUUGACUUCAGCCCCGUCUACCGCUGUCUACACAUCCACACUGUUCUGGGCAAGAGAGAGCAGUUCAUCGACAGCUAUCGCAGUGGUCGUAGAAGUCAGGUCAGACUGGCCAUCAAACCACGCAGCAUUUGGAAAGGAGAGAUCAAUGAUUUCAAAUGCUAUUUCUAUGGCAUCAUGGGGUUCUUUGUCGUGGAGGACACCAUCCUGCACACCACCCAGGAGCUGCGCCCACACAAAGGAGAGGGAGAAGGUCUUGUUACUUUGCACAUUGUACACGAGUUCUGGCAGAUGGCUCUUUCCGAGGUUCUAGCUGUCCUCAGGAACAACUGCAACUCCUGCCGCGACUACCACCUGUUGUUGAAGGUGAAACAGCUGGUUGUGUGGCUCUGCCAUGCUCUGAGAGGCUAUGGGUUUCCAGUGGACAAGUUGUAUGAGGUUCUCCUAGAGAUCAGGGAGCAGUAUGACGAGAUGCUGAUGAAGGCCUGGGGUGACUCCUUCACGCAAAUCUUUGCCAGUGAUAACUACACCCCCAUGGUGGCAGAGACAGAGGAGCAAUACCGCGGAGUUCUGGAACUCUUUCCCUACCACAAUGUCCAGAUUGACAGUGCUCCUUACCCCCGGCUGUUUCCAUUCUCUGGCGUGGUGGGGCAGGUCUACUGCCAGCUCCAGGCCUUCAUCCGCAACUGCAGUGACUAUGCAGAUGGUCUUAACUUGAGUCAAAUGGAAGUGUGUGACAUUGUCAGCAAGUCAGUGAACCUACUACUCAGCAGAACUGUAACAGGCUGUCUGUCACGCCUGGUUCACGACGAGGGAUUGACUAUUCCUCAACUCGGCCAGAUCUGGGUAAACAUCAGUCACCUCGCUGACUCUGUGCCUCAUCUCGAGGACUUCAUCCGUCAUGUCACCAAGACAGGCAGUGAGGGAGCUGCUUCUGUAAGGCUCUAUGGAGGUUCCACAUUCAAGGACGGUAAAGUGACGGCAGAACAGCAGAUCAUUGUACGACUGACUGCCAAGUGUGCGGAGGUGGUUGAGGGAGCAUCUUAUGACUGGACGUCAAAAGAUGCCCAGGACAAGCCGAGUGAUUACAUCAACGACUGCUUGCAUUUCCUGGAAACAACCUUCCAUGCCCUCCACAUCUUGCCAGAAGAGGUGGUGUCAAACCUUGUUCAACAGGCCCUCAAGAACCUGGCCUUGCAGCUGGAGAGAGUUCUGCUCUGUGACACUAACCCUCGCAUCUCCAUGGAAGCAAUCCGCAACUUCAAUGUCGAUCUGAUGCACUGCCAGAGAUUUGUCAUGUCCACUGUCUCUAGCUACAACUGUCUGAGGGGAAGUGAUGCCAGUCUGGCAUUCGAACCUCUGAAACAGCUGGUGGACCUGUUUGUGAACGAGAAUUGGUCGGAAUUCAUCUCAGAGUACCCAUCGCUGAGUGACAAGUACAAGCAUGUGGCUCCCUACAUGGUGCACGGCCUGCUCACCAGGCUGAGGGAGAGUGAAAUAAAAAAGAAACGAAAGUUCCACUCGCAGUCGGCAGCCAAGAAAGAUCGUCAGAAAUACUAUGAACUCAUUUUGAAGAAACUGGAAGAGUUUAUGUCUACUUAGGCUCAGUUGCAUGAUGAUACAGGUCUUUCAUCACCUUGCAAACAACACCACCCCAGCUUUAAUGUCAUGAUGUUCAUUAUCCAUUAUAAUAAAAGUGAAAAAAGGCAAUAUUGCCUUAUGUCUUAUGCUGUAGGCUGCGGAAAGCUGAUAAGAAGAAAAAGAAGCUGCCCAUCCAUGUAAAGAACCCAGCAAAGAAGAAGGACCCAAAGAAGCUCAUGUUGAAAGCCUUGGAAGAGAAGGUGGCACAAGAAGGGGCGUGUCUGGCACCUCCAGUUAUGAUGCACACAACUCCCUCACCCCCACCAUCCUUUGGUGCUUCCCGCUAUUGACUGUGUCAAUGGCGCACUGCAAUAAUCACUUCAUUCGCAUUGUUUUUAGAACAUCCACUUGUAUAAUUAUAGCACACAUGUUUGUUGUUGAAUAUUUUUUAUACACUGGGGUAUUGCUGAGCAAAACAUCCCCCGUAGAGAUGAGUGGGAGUUUACGUUCUCUGGAGCCCUCAGUCAGCUCUCGAGUUCGCUCUGCGCAGUCCCUAGAGAGUUUAGCUCAGUGUGGUCUUGAGCUGGUGCAGAACGGCGUGGACGCUGGGGGCUCGUCCGUCGUUGUCAAGGUAGACACUGCUGCCUGGACAGUAAAGGUGUCUGACAAUGGAAGAGGCAUCUCGAGGGAAGAAUUGCAGUCGCUGGUGGGAGAGCGCUACGUCACCAGCAAACACCAGCAACCCGGUCUACAAGACUGCCCUCGAUUCGGUUUCCGUGGAGAGGCACUGGCUAGCAUUGUGCAGGUUGCUCAGACUGUGGAGAUCAGUUCGCGACACCGUCUUUCUCAGCUCACCUGCUGCAAACUGUUCAAAGGAGGGCGUAACUCGGGCCUCGUCCCUCCCCCUGUCAAUCUUAACCAGGCAGGAACUGUGGUGACAGCCCACGACCUGUUCUACAACCUGCCAGUUCGUCGCAGGCACAUGUCUCCCUCGCUGGAAAUAGAGAGGCUGAGAAGUGCUCUCUGUAGGGUCUUCCUAGUGCUGCCUCAGGUGUCUCUCUCACUCCAUGACGACCAGGCAGGGCUGCGACUGCUGCAUGUUCCCAGAGCAUCUUCUCUGUUGAUGAGGUUUCACCAGAUGUUUGGGAACAAGACCGUCCAACAGAAAGAUUUAGAGCAUGACCGUGUCAAGGCUUCUGCUCUGUUUGCGGUCCAGUCGUUUGGUCGGAACAACCUGCAGCUGAUAUUCCUGAAUGGAAGAACUGUGGAGUGGCAGUCGAUGCACGAGCUGGUGCGCAAGCUCCUGAAACCAGUUUCAGUCAUGAAGACUGCAACAGGAACACUACACCUCUUCUAUGUCAUAACCAUUGAGUGCAACAUGGAGCUUGCCUCACAAUUUACUCCGGAAAGAACACACCUGCAUUUGGAGCAGGAGAGGAGAGUUGCAAAGGCUCUUACCUCCCUUAUUGGCUCUUUCCUCUACAGUAACCACCUCCCAAUCAGCCACUGCUUACCUCCUCCUCCUCCUCCUCCUCCUCCUCCUCAUCCUCCUUCUCAUUCCUCUCAACUCCCCCCUGCUACCACCACUGUAUACCUCUCUUCUCCACCUUCUUGUCCUUCUAGCGAGAUCUCUAUUCCUGCUCACUGGAAGCUUGCUGUGGACCCAGCCACAAAUUGUCAACUGCAGAUCCAUCCCAUUUCUGGCUCAUCUCUGCAACCCACACCUUCUCCGCUGCCAGGUGAUGACAACAAGAAGAGUGACAAUUCCUACCAUUGUGCUUUCCAGUCACUGCCUAGCAGCUUUCGAUCACGGGUUCGAACUGUACCUCCCCUUACAUCAUCGGCCAAAGCUCUUAUUGGUACCACAUCUCUUGCAUCAACCUGGAUUAACCCAACAUUCUCAGCUGGAGAGCAGGCUGUUCUGAAUGUCAGGAAGACUCACAAUUCAAGUCAAUACAAGUUCUCCAAAGAAUCCUUGAAGAACACAAGUGUUUUGGGACAAGUGGACAACAAGUUCAUUGCUUGUCUUUUUGGAACCUACAAUUCCCCACACGUUCUUGUUGUAGUGGACCAGCACGCUGCUCACGAGCGAGUGAGGCUGGAGGCUCUCUUAGAAGACCUGUACAGUGAUGGUGAAACGGUCAAAAUGGCCCGUCUGGUCCCUCCUCUUCCCCUCCCCCUCUCCCCUGCACAGAAGAGAGUGGCUCGCAGCUUCUCUGGCAAAUUGGAGGCCAUUGGUGUGUCACUGGUGUGGAGAGAGGGCCUGGCACUGGCCCACUCUGUCCCAGCUGUCCUCGUUCAGAAGAAGACAUGCUCCCCUGCCCUGCUCCAGGAGAUGGUGCAAUCCUACCUGGAGGUAAGCCACUUCUGUAACAGACAAAUGACGAUUGUGAAAUGAACAAUACAACAGAUGAUAGUCAAAAAUGUAUUGUUCAUUUCACAAUCGUCGUUUGUUGAUGCAUUCCUUUUUCCUGCCCUCGUUUCCAGUUCGUUCUCUGUUAUUUCAGUUGAUUGUAGCUGUAUGGCUACCGAAAUAUUUGAGUUAUUUUUGGCUGUUAUGUUGUAUUUUGUCAGGUCCUAAUGAGUACAGGAGGAGGCUCAGCUGGACUGCCAUCCAGUCUGACUGCAGUGCUACACUCACAGGCCUGCCAUGGAUCUUUGCUAUUGUGUACUCCCAUGAGCAGUUUAGUCCCAUCAUUUGAAAGAUGUGUUCUGCAGGAGCCAUAAGGUUUGGAGACCAUCUGGACCUAAGACAGUGCCGGCAACUCAUCGACUCAUUGGCCAAAUGCUCUCUCCCAUUCCAAUGUGCUCAUGGAAGACCAUCUCUGGCUCCUGUCAUCAACCUAAACACUUUGGCUAAAAGAUGUCCCUCUCUGGCAACUCCAUUCCCUCAUCUGACAGCAUUGAAAUUGAAACUGAAUGCUAACAGGCAUAAUUGAAAAAUGAUCAGCUUUACAAAUUCAGCACUAC